AUGUGUAGGGUGGGCCAGGUGAACUCUGCGCGAAACAGGAGCACAAUAAUAUGUGUGUCACCAUGUACGUGCUACACUCCUAUCAUCGAAAAUUGGCCAAACCUACUCAUUACAAACCAGUGCCCAUUUUUUAAUGUGGAGACUCCAUCAUUGACUUCAUCGAAACUCCUUAAGUACUGUAAGCAGCGAAUGUCCAAGUCACUCGACGUUGACGUCGACGUCGACUGGCUCUACAAAGGCAAAAGAAAGGCUAAGCAGGCGCGGCGCGAGCGCUCCAACUCUGUCAGCAAUGGCUCUCUGAGCCAUGUCGCGGCAAAUCAAGCGCCACUCCAAGAUGCGGCUCCUGAGAGCCCCAAACCAAAGCCCGCGACCUCGGAAACGAAGUCUCCGCCCAGUACUCCCAAGCGGUCCUCUUCUGUGAGCGACAAGUCCAAGAAAUCCCUCUUCGGCACUCUCUUCCGGAGGAACAGCCAUGGCUCCGGAGAUAGGCCGUCUAUCCCUAUUCCCCUGCCCAAAAGCCGUUCUAAUUCAAACGCCAGUUCACACGCGCCUGAGAAACCCUCUGGGCAUUCCAACGGCACUGGCGCUAUGAACGCGGCAGUGUCUCAGUAUCUGAAUGAACCGUCUUCUCCUGAAGUGAAGGACCCAGCGCCUAUCCACGAAGACCGCCUGGUCCUGAACCGCAACCCUCAUCGGAAGUCGCUGCCAAUAGAAAGCCUGGCCAAAACCCGGCUGAGGAGAGUCACAUUUGCCGUUGACAAGUUCGGCAUGGAUCCACCGCAGCAAAUUCCCAGCAGGAAACCAAAGAGGGGUAACGUUUUGGUUCCUCAGGACUUGACAUGCCCCACACCUUCGAUAUCUGUUGGAAUCACUAAUACUCAGGGCAGCAUCGAGCAGUCCGCUUCCCCCUUAAAUGAAGAAUCUAAAGAAUACAAGCUAGCUGUUGAAGAGCAUCGCAGAGCUUUGAAAGAGUCUGAAAAGCAUCAACAGGAAGCACACUACGCUGCGCAACGCAUCGCACAUGAGGUUCUCAAAUUUAAGGCCAAGCCCCAAUCUGGUCCCUCUGUACUUCCUAGCACGUCUUCAUCCCUCACUGCGACCGAGUCUCAUCCUUCUAGCGCAACAAACACAGUCAUUGACGACAGGGCGAGAAAUUUGGAGAUUGACAAGCCAAUACAUAUGCAUGAGACUCACUUCCAAGAUGAAACCACUGAUCCCAAUGACGAAGAAGAUAAGCUGACUUUGGACAAAAUUUACACUCGCUGUUGCCAUUUGCGCGAAAUCUUGCCAAUUCCCUCUACUUUGAAGCAGGUCAAAGGCAAAAGCUCUCCCUUGCAAACUUUGAAAUUCUUGAACCCUCGCCCCACUCUUAUUGAUAUACUAUCGUUUUGCGACUUCAUUUCCAUCGUACCUGUCCACAACGUCAUUUUUGAUAACGUUAGUCUUAACCCUGAAAUGCUAAAAAAUGUCAUUAGUUCCCUUGUCAGUUCAAAAGUGGUCGAGAAAAUAGGCUUUAGAAAUGUUGUUUUCACCUCCGAGGGCUGGAAGCUUUUGUGCAAGUUUCUCAUGAGAAACAACUCAUUGCUAAAGCUUGAUAUUUCACAAACGAAAAUUAAGCCAGAUCUUGACAAAUCGUUAUACCGAGCCAAAAUGGACUGGAACUUAUUUAUAGACGUUUUGCAACGACGUGAAGGAAGGCCUUUGGAAGAGUUGCUCAUCAACGGUGUCAAGUUUGAGGAUUUUGAUACAUUUGUCAACCUGCUAACAACGUUCGCCUCGGAAAGAUCUCAAACUAGGAAACGGUUGGGUAUUGCUCAAUCUGACUUGUCGGCCGAGCAGCUCAAAUUCGUAAUGUCUUGGGUGAGCGAUUACAAGAUUCAAGGUGUUGAUAUGGCAUUUAAUGAUUUGAGUGAUUUGGUAAAGCCUCUUGUGGGGAAGUUGUCCAGUUUGCCAUUUUCUCACUUGAACUAUUUCACUCUCAACAACACCAACAUUAUGACGGCUUAUGAUGCUGCUUUGCUACUACGAGCUUUGUCCAAGUUGCCAAAUCUUUAUUUCUUGGAUUUGAGCAAUUUGCCUCAGAUAUUCCCCGAAGUUUUCCCAUAUCUGAAUAAGUACCUGCCCAGGAUGACGAAUCUAAAGAGACUACACUUGGAUUCUAAUGAAUUCACAUCAAGGGAAGUUGCCAUGGUAACCAAUGUUUUGCCUAAGUGCUCUGAGCUCUUGCAUCUCUCUUUGCUGAAUAUUCCUCAGGAAUCAUUCACCACAGCUACAUGCGCCACGGUUUAUGAUUGCGUGCGUCAAUGUUCGAAAUUAACAAACUUGGACAUCGCCUACAAUUGCAUUCCGGAAGAAAUAUCCUCUCGUAUUGCAAUUUGCUUUAUGCGCAGAAUGCAAAGAGAUUUUGAGCUCGACGACCUUACAAAUCAAGAUGAUCUACUUUUUGAUGGAACUCUUCUGUCUGAGACGGCUGAAAAUGUCUUUGAGAAGUUGAACAACUUUGAAGACCUGGAGACAGACGCCACCAGGAGAUACCUCCUCAAAAAAUACUGGGAGAAAUUCAACCGUGUCCAUGACAGGGUACAAAGCACGAUUGAUGAAAUGUUCGAAAAGAGAAGCGCUGGUGAAUUAAACCUUCAAAGCAAAGAAAACCUGCUGCGGCUCUUGUUCCUUGAAAAUAACCUUUCCAACAUUUUAGAUGUCCUAAAAUCUUAUCCUCAGGUUGCUGACGUCGCCGGUAUUGAACGUAAUACGCGUUCUGCAAACUCUGAAAAUCUCCUUUCAGGGCUCUCCUCGGAAGCAGAAAACCAAUCGCAUGUCAAACCUCACUUGAUGGCCACAGAUUCUGGCAGGACCAUUGAUGUGACCACAGGUACACCUAUCCUCGUCAAAACUCCUUCGCAUGUUGCUCUUGUGGGCAAAAAGCAAGAGGAAGAGGAAGGUGAGUUCCAUAAAUGGGGAUUUUUUGUCCAACAACAAAAUUCCAUAUAUCCAGAUCACCAUCUGAGAAAUGCAGCCUAUGAGUCAGCAGAAAAGCGUCCAGGUAGCGCUGCUUCAUCUGCAGAGUCGCCCAAAUCAUCUCAACCUUCGGCUGCGAGCCAAGCUACCACUCAUGCAAUAAUUUCUAAAAUUCCAUCUGGUACAGAGCUACGAGACGCUGUGAUGCGUGCUAAAGGUAUCAAUUCGAUCGAAGAGCUGAUUGGAAAUGUCAACCGCAACCGUGUGACUUUGGACAAUAUCUAUGGAGUUCCUUUACAUCCAAUGAGCCCAGCUUUAAGCGAUACAGCAGCUAGAACUACGCCAAUCUCACAAGUGCUCAGGUCUAGCUCCAGUGUAUCAGAAGCAUCAUCUGAGGAUGAGGACGAGGAAAAGGUUGAUGAGACAUACGAUAAGCUUUUGAACAGUCUGAGUAAAGUACGGUCAAAUAAGUAA